AUGUUCCGUUUUGGCGAUCAAACUCCUGCGCUUAGGACGGUGGAAUGGUGGUCUAAAUUAUUUCGAGAAGGAAGAGAAAAUGUUGAAGAUGAAGAAAGACCUGGCAGACCUAUAACCGAGACAACAUCUGAAAAUAUCGAGCAAGGUCGUAGCCUUAUCAAUGAUAAUCCUCAUAUUACAAUACAAGAAAUGGAGGUUCAAACUGGUCUCAGCCAUGGCACUAUCCAUCGAAUACUAUCCGAUCAUCUGAAUUUGAAGAAACUCACUGCUCGUGACAUACCUAAGCAGCCGACUGAUUCACAAAAGGCUGAACGAGUUCGAAUAUGCAAAGAAAAUUUAGAAAAAUUCGAAUCAGGUGCAUGGAGAUUAUGUGAUGUUAUAACAGGUGAUGAAUCAUGGUUUUACCAUAAACACAUUGGUCGAAAGUUGUCCAAUUCUGCUUGGGUUUCAAGAAAUGAUCCUCCACCUACAGUAGUACGACAAAGUCCUUAUGCCCCAAAAACUUUAAUGAGCAUCUUUUUCAAAUCAACUGAUCCUGUUUUUAUUCAUCAUGUAGAACGGGGGCAGACUAUCGACCAUCGGUACUAUAUCGAUAAUUAUUUAGAACCUCUUAUUGAUAACAUCAAAAGACAACGUCCUACUUGUGGUGUCCAGGGUAUCAAACUUCAUUACGAUAAUGGGUGA